AUGGAGCGGGUGGUCUUUGCUUUGCUAGCGCUAGUGAGUCUCUCUGAGAUUCAGAGCGCACCUACCACACCUGAUCCAGGAUGUGGACAAAACCCUGCUGAUAUUGUGUUUUUAUUGGACUCGUCGGGAAGUGUUGGGAGGACAAACUUUCAAAAACAGCUGGACUUUGUAAGUAAAUUUGCGAAUUCGUUUAGCAUUGGCCCUCAGGGUGUUCAAAUUGGCGUCACCACAUUCGCCACCCAUCCCACGAACAGGUUUUGGCUGAAUUCGCACACAAACAAAGCCGAUCUGGUCAAAGCCAUCCAGGCAGUUCCCUACACAAGUGGAAGUACGGCAACGGAUGCUGCUCUGAGCUUCGUCAAGAACCAAGCGUUCACGAAGGCCAAUGGCGACAGAGACAAGGUAGCUAACAUCCUCAUCGUCAUGACUGACGGCCAAUCUAACGACAAGGCAAAGACGGCGGCGGUGGCGGAAACGAUCAAGAAGGGGACGACGUGGUCUGUGUUUGCUAUCGGUAUUGGUAGCGGGGCGCUGAAGUCGGAACUGAACACCAUUGCAACUGAUACUAAACACGUGUUUACCGUGGAGAACUUCAGCGCUUUGCAGAACAUCCAGGCGACGCUGAAGAAGACAGCCUGUGAAAUUAACGGACAAUGGAGCAAAUGGGGUUUUUACUCCCCCUGCACAAAGAAGUGUGGGGGAGGUACCCAGUACCAUGAGAGGACGUGUAGCAACCCUCCCCCCUCACACGGAGGCAAGCCUUGCAGCGGGGCAGCCCGAGAGACCAAGGCCUGUGGAACGGCACCUUGCACGACCACCCCUAUACCAACAACCACGCCCAGACCCACACACGCCACCACCUCAACAGUUGCACCAGGGUGUGGUCUCCAGCCAGCAGAUAUAGUGUUCAUAGUCGACUCGUCAGGAAGCGUUGGCAGCUCGAACUUCCAAAAGAUGCUGACGUUCAUCGAGACCAUGGUCCAAGGGUUCGACAUUGGUCCAAAUGGCAUCCGGAUUGGUAUGGUCACCUUUGACAGCAAGACAUACCUACAGUUCCACCUGAACAAAUACGCAUCAAAGGCGGACAUCAUUAAAGCAAUCAAAGCCACGAAGUAUACACGAGGAAACACUUACACUCACCUGGCCCUUCAGUACGCCAGACAGACCAGUUUCACCGCCGCCAACGGUGCAAGACCUAAUGCCGCUAAGAUUGCCAUCGUCAUUACCGACGGUCAGUCUAACGUCCCCACCUCCACCAAGUCAGAGGCCCAGAAGCUCAGGGAUUCUGGAGUCACCGUGUUCUCUAUUGGUGUUGGCAGUGGUGCCAGACAAACUGAACUUCAAGCCAUGGCAACAGAUCCUGACGCUCAACACGUCUUCAUCGUCACCAACUUCGACGCCCUCAAGCUCAUCAAGUCACAGCUGCAACAGAAGGCCUGUGAAGUAAAACCAACGGCUUCCUGUUUCGUGUCUUCCACAGACUGCGGUGCACAGGCAGACCUUGUUUUCCUCCUGGACGAGUCCGGCAGUGUUGGCAGAACCAACUACAACAAGAUGCUGGCGUUCGUCAACCAGAUUGUUGACGAGUUCGCCAUCGGUCCAAAUGACGUCCAAAUCGGCUUGGAAACGUUCUCUUCUACCACACGCCACCAGUUCGACAUGAACAAAUAUUCCGACAAAACCGCACUUAAAGCUGCUGUUACCAAGACCCCAUACCAUGGCGGCAACACCCACACUGGCGAUGCCUUGGCCUACCUCUCCAGCCAUAGCUUCACGAAAGCAGCUGGAAUGAGAGACAAUGUCCCACACAUUGCCUUCGUUCUGACUGACGGCAACUCUCAACAGAGAGAUCUCACGAAGACCAACGGUGCUAAACUACAAGGCCAGGGAGUAAAGGUUAUGGCUAUUGGCAUCGGUAACGGCAUCAACAACCAGGAACUUGACAACAUCGCCAGCAACCCCGACAGCCAAUACGUCUUCAGAGCUGCCAACUUCGACGCCUUGAAGAACCUCAAAGCUAUCCUCGCGUCCAAGGCAUGCGAAGUUGCCAAGCCAAAACCAGACCAGGCCACACCUUUACCAAAGAUGUGUGGGUCUCAGGCCGACAUCGUGUUCAUGCUCGACUCCUCUGGCAGUGUCGGCUCCAGCAACUUCAACCUCCUUCUCACCUUCGUCAAGAGCAUCGUCCAAGACUUUGACGUUGCUCAAAAUAAGAUCAGGAUCGGCGUGGAAAAAUUCAGCUCCAGGCCCUAUCUGGAGUUCCACCUGAACCAGUACGGUACCAAGCAGGAUGUCAUGAACGGCAUCACCAACAUCAAGUACGUCUCUGGCGGCACCAACACCGGCGACGCUCUCAAGUAUCUCCAGGACAAUAUGUUCAACGCGAAGAACGGCGAUCGCCCAGGCGUCCCCAACAUCGCCAUCGUCAUCACCGACGGCAGAUCCAACAACCCUGACAAGACAAAGACCUUUGCUAAGGCUGCACGAGAUAAAGGAACACAGGUGUUCUCCGUUGGUGUCGGCAAAGGAAUCUCUGUUCCUGAGUUGAAUGAAAUGGCGACUGAUCCCGAUUCCACCCACGUGAUGUCUGUGGACGACUUCAGCAAACUGCCACAGAUCAAGGCGUUGUUCGCUCAGAGGGCAUGCGCAGCAUCUCCGUCCAAUGCGACUCUGAUCGACCCGUGCCAGGACGCGAUCCCCGACUGUGGCCGUUACCCAAAUACUGUGUGCAGAGACUUCACCAAAUGGUCCGAGGUGAACUGUCAGAGGACAUGCGGCAUCUGUACACCAUCCAUACCGACAACCCCGGCUCCUUGUGUCGAUAAACUUGACAAAUGCACGUCGUACAACCCCUCGUCCUGUCUUCCACCUUAUGACCAAUGGGCAAAGGACAACUGCAGGAAGUACUGCGGAUAUUGUGACAAGAAGGCCGUGGCUGGCUAUUUCGGCACGUGCUUUUACAAGGGCAGCCAGUAUCAGCAGGGCCAGAAGUGGGAGGACGGUUGUGAGUACGAGUGCGAGUGCACCGACGCCUCUAGGGGACAAUACAACUGCUAUAACAGGUGCCCGGCCUACUACAACCUCCCCCCUCAGUGCACGCUGGUGAGGGUCACCGGCUCCUGCUGCCUCAAGCCAGUUUGUGACUUCGAUGGCAAAUAUGAGACAACAUCGGGACAGAACGUCGGCACCCUUAACGGAAACAAGGUGUGUGUGUACAACGGUCAGCAGUACUACCAGAGCCAGACAUGGCAGGUUGGAUGUGAGUUCGAGUGCAAGUGUGAGGACGCCGGUGUUGGGUUGUGGUCCUGUCAGAGCGUCUGUGCCCAGUACGGUCCCCUCCCCCAAGGAUGUAAAUUGGUUAAGAAACCAGGCGAGUGUUGCGCUAAACCCGAGUGCGAGUUCAACACUCAGAUAGGAUCAUUCACAGGCCAAGGAACCACCAGCGGAACGGGCGACAAGGCGCCACUGACGACCGUCGGGCCUUGUAUCGACGUGCAAACCAACUGCAACUCGUUUGCUCCUGACGCCUGUACCAAGUAUAAGCGCUGGGCAUUGGACAACUGCCGCAAACACUGCAAUUUGUGUCAGCCAUUUAUCAUCCAACGCAGCACGCCCGACCCAGACGCCCAUCCCGGCCCCAACCAACCAAGUUCAGCACAAAUGACCGGACAUCCCUCCCAGUCCAGGCACCGCCGCCGUGCCUCACCCGGGCAGCGGUCGAUCACCGCAGCACCCGGACGAUCUGGGCCGCAGUGGACUGAGGCCCCGUCUGCACGGACGCCUGUCAUACCCCUUGAUGCAACUGAGCCGACAUCGCCCGACCAACAUCCAGACCCCACAAACAGAAGAUCGACAACCCAGCAUCUCAACGACGAUCCCAGCCCAUCAAGACGCAAGAAACAGUGGCAGCAGCAGCAGACUGCAGCAACAGCAGGCAGCAGACCGGCAGCAGACCCAGCAACAGUAGCAGCAGCAGCAGCAGACCGCAACAACAGCAGGCAGUGGUGCCCCAAGUAUUUCAACAUCCCGCCUGGCUGUUCCCUGGACACAGUAAAGGGACAGUGUUGUAAGGUGAUGAACUGUAAAUCUGGAACCUUCGUGGGUUCGUCCACCAACCCUACUUCUCUCGGUGCUUAUCCGGUCCCGACCCUUCCGAAUCAGCCUACCCCCGGCCCUGGACAGACGCCCUCUGCUCGGCCUUACCUGGCUCCCCAGAAACUCGUUGGCUGCAUGUACAAGGGAACACUAUACCAGCAGGGACAGAGAUGGACAGACAGCUGCGACUACUCUUGCUCAUGUGACGACGCAGUCUCAGGGCGAUUCACGUGCUCCCCAAGAUGCCCCAGUUUCACGGGUCUGCCACAGGGAUGCGUUCUGAAAGACACACCGAAUGAUCCAUGUUGUCAAGUCCCAGACUGCAGUGGUGCGCCGGCCGGAACUACAGUAGUGCCAUCGUAUGGCCCGGGAUUCACGGGCUACGGACCUGCUGUGUAUCCAUCCGGAUAUGGACCAGGAGUCUCCGGGACUGGAUUGCCUCCAGUUCUGGGUCAGACCCAGGCUCCCGUGACAGGGAACACAGCCGGCUGCCAUUACCAGGGCAAGACGUACCAGGCUGGGGCGACGUGGUCGGAUGGAUGUCAGUACAAGUGUGCAUGCAUCGACGGCAACACCGGAUACUACAAAUGCACCGACAGGUGCCCACAGUUCCAGAACCUUCCACCCCAGUGUUCUCUGAUCACGGACCCCAAAGAUAGCUGCUGCAAGACCUAUCAGUGCAACUUUGCCCAGCAGGCGACCACACACAAACCUUUAUUCGCCGUCACCACCCCCCAGCCGGGAGUUGACUACUGUGUGUAUAACGGCCUGUACUACCGCCAGGGGGAGCAGUGGAGCGAUGGCUGUACUCUCACCUGUAGAUGUGAGGACGCAAAGAACAAUUACCACCAGUGUACAGACAGGUGUCCAAGUUUCACCAACGUUCCUCUUGGUUGCAAGUUGGUGCCAGACCAGAAAGAUCCCCAAUGUUGCAAGGUUCCAGAAUGCGACUCCGCCAACAGCGGUACUGGCACCGGCUCAAUCCAGCCUCUUGGGUUCUUGGGUUCUUUCACCGGCUAUGGACGUCCUCCUGGAACCAACCUCCCAUCUCAGGUCGGAUACAAAGAUGCAUGCAUCUACAAAGGACAGAUCCACCAACAGGGAGAUACCUGGCAAGAUGGCUGCAGUCUCGACUGUGAAUGCCUCGACGCCAAGUCCGGCAAAUACAGGUGUACCGACAGGUGCCAGCGUUAUGCCUCAAUCCCCGCGGGCUGCACCCUCAUCCCCGACUCCAACGACCGGUGCUGCCAGAAGGCCGAGUGUGCCCCACCCUCCCAGACAGGGAGCUGUGUGGACAAGAAGGCAGACUGCUACCUGUUCGGCGACUAUUCUUGCCGCGAUCCCUACACAGCCUGGGCCAAGACCAACUGCGCCAAAUUCUGCGGUUUCUGUGGCACAAAGACGUCCCCGAACCCCCUCAACUGCAAGGACGAGAUCCCCAACUGCAGCGAGUACCCCAAGGACAGCUGUGUCGGGGAAUAUGCGUCGUGGGCUAAGUUCAACUGCCCCAAAUACUGCGGCUACUGCGGCGGAGGAGCAGCUCCAGUGACUACCCCGAGAUCCAACAUCAUCGUUUACGGGAGCGCUGUCCCCGUUCAAACUGGAGGCUCCCACACCGGCUGCACCGACGCCCUCGCCACCUGUGCCCAGUAUUCCCAGGCUGCCUGCCGCGACCCCUACGUCGGAUGGGCCAUCACCAACUGCGCCAAGUUCUGCGGCCUCUGUGACCAAGUUGGAAAGGUCCCCUACGGCACCCAAGGAACAGUGACCAUGGGUGGUCAAGGUGGACAGGGUGUGUCGGGAAGCGGCACCUACAACCCCGCUUUCGUGACCCAGUACCCCAUGAACGCUGUCACCGGCUUCAACGCUGGAUGUUAUUACAAGGGCCGCGUGUACACAACGGGCGAGGAGUGGCAAGACGGUUGUCAAUAUAACUGUUCCUGUGUCAACGGACAGACCGGAUACUACAAAUGUGUCUCAGGCUGCCAGUCCUACCCCAACCUACCUGCCGGAUGUACCCUCCAGAAUGUGGCCGGAUCCUGCUGCCAGACUCCCGUCUGUACCGGCACUGGUACCGGCACCGGAACUGGCACCGGAUCGUGUUUGUACAAGGGUCAGACCUACCAACAAGGACAGACGUGGCACGACGGCUGUGACUUCACCUGCACCUGCUCUGACUCCGCCGGCUCUCGCUACCAGUGUCGACAGAGGUGUAUUGCAUGGUCUCUCCCAGCUGCGUGCACCCUUCACGACCCUGCCCCCGGAAAAUGCUGCAAGACUCCAUCCUGUCCCCCCGGAUAUACCAUCAGUUACCCCCCAGGCUACACGGAAGAGUAGACUCAUAUUGAUGACGUCAUAAUGACGUGGUACACAUAACCUCAAAGAUAGGCUCAGAUAGGCUUGUGAUGUUUGUAGUAUGUUUACACGAAUAAAAGCGGAAAAU